ACUCACGUUAAAGCUGGACAUCUGUGGGCACUCACGUUAAGGCGGGACAUCUGUGGGCGUCAUCAAAUACAGUGCUAUUUAAAAUAUUCCGCCGUGACGCAUGACUUGUUUCAAAGAUCGGACCAAGAAGAGUUUACUUUAUCCAUGGCAGCCAUGGAUGAUUUUAUUCUCCUGCUUCACGCCACGGAUGCUGUCCCUUGGGCUCAUUUUAUUUCCAAUCGCCUGGCCGGCCCACAGUACAACAUCACCAGCAUAUCCAAAGAUGUCAUGACAAAACAGUCCCAGGCCUUCCCCAGCAGUUCCGUCGUAGACGAAGACGCCUCUUCUUCCUCCACCGUGGAGAAGGACGCUGGCAACGCUCAGCUGGACAGCUCCAAAGACUCAAGCACUUUCCGCGACAGCGGCAGGUGCAGCCGAAACGCCAUCACUGAAUCUUCCAGCGUCUCAGACUGUAUCAACAGCUGUAAGGCAUGCGUGGUGUUCAUUUCCCCGGACAUUCUGGACCUAGAGGUUCCCUUUGAUACGGACGUGACUACACUCAAUCCCAGCAGCACCGUCUACUUACUCCUGGGCGUUGAAAGGGAUGAGACUAUGGCGUACUUCGCUGAGAAGGCGGAGCACGUGUCGAAGAGCUUCAUCUGUGAAAUAGAAGGAUCGGAGAAAAGCAUCUGCGCCGCCAUGUACAAUAUCAUUCAGGCCUAUGAGAACCCAAGUAACUGUGACGAAGAUGAAAAAAUUUACGAAAUUCCCCCCUUCCCUGUCCAGAGAAACACUAUCGUCAAAGUCUUUCCGAAACAGCUGACAGAGGAGGAACGCGAUGUUUACGUUCUCCUGCAGCGUCCAGCUGAGGAUGACGUCAUAGCGGUCUUGGACGUAGACAUGACUCAAGAGGUCGAGCUGACCUGUGUCUGUGGUCAGUUGUAUAUGUUUACAAUGCCAGAUGAACUUCAAGGUGAAAUCAAGUUUAAAAUUGAAAGUCAGACACAUUGCAUUGGCUCAUCGUCGGUUGUUGCGUGCGACAGACUACAGCAGUUGAAUGUAAUACUCAAAGACUUGGUGGAUCCUGCUUCUCUGCUACUUUCAGCCUUGAACAUCAGACAGAAUGAUCUUGGAGGUCUGGAUACUACUCUCGCUUUUCGUCUACAGCAUUUAGCGUCAUCAAAAACUUUUGCAACCAUGUUUCCUUGUGAAGAUGCACUCAACACUUCUGGUUCAGCAGAAGAACCGUGUAAGUUGAAGUAUCCCAGCCUGCUUCAUUUUGCUGCUGACCUCAACUUGCGGCUGUUCUGCUCGGAGUUACUACAUUACCCCGGAAUGCUGGGGGCUGCAUGUACAGAAAACGCUGAUGGGGAAUUCCCUUGUCAGAUCGCAGCCCGAAAAGGUUUCACCCAGCUUGAGAGAGAUCUCAUCCAGUUUGUGGAAGAAAUAAAAGGUUUCUGUGAUGACUCUAUGUCCUCUCCGUCCACUCAGUCGUCCAGUCCGGCCCUUUCCCCAAGACCUCCACCUCCCACAACCCACACUAGAAAAUCUCCAGGCUAUGUGAAUGACCACAUCUCGAGUCUGACAAGUUCCGACUAUAUUGAUAUGGCUGGAGUUCUGCUAGCCAAGCAAUCGUUUCUAGAUCAGCAAACCAAAUCAGACCCUGAACUUAUGUCCCCUAGUUCAGAUUUCAGUGAUAAUGUGUUUGAUAGCUUUUCUGACAAAUCAUCAGAUCAGAGAAAAGGUUCCAUCACAGACAGCUUAUCAUUUGAAUCUGGAUCUAGUCUAACAAAAGCUUGUAAGGUUUUAGGUGUUGGUCAAACAGAGAUCUACCACAGCGCGUCUUCACCUACUGUUACAGCUAAUCAGUAUUCAAUGUCCACUCCUGGGUAUGAUCCAAUGAAAUUUACUGGAACACCAAAAAGAUUUUCAGUCAGCAGUAAUUGUGAAAGUGUAUCCUCGUAUAAUCCCCAAGAUGUGGCUACUUCUGAGAAACAUCGAACCAAUAAGAUCAAAUCAUUUUUCAAUAAAAUCACUGGCAGUAAAAAAUCUGUUAGUGAAGAGGAUGGCACAAGGCAUGGUUUAAGUAAAUCCUACAGCAACAGAAGUAACAAAAGCUCCAAAAGUGUUGGUGCUGAGUCCCAGAGAAGCAAUAAAAAGAAAAAGUUUGUGAGUGAUGAUUCCCAGGAAAGAGAUAGUGGAAGUUUCAGUGAUGAAGAGAAAUCAACCCCAGUUCAAGGCAAGAAAAACAGUAAACCAAAAACUUUCAAGGAAAGAGAAAAACCCAUGAUGAGGACAUUAUCCAAGCGAGCACAGACAGCACUGAAUGAGAAGGUAGAUAAUGUACCAACUUUGCCAAGACCUGAAAGGAGAUCGGCUAUUAAUUCAAAAAGUACAUUCAAAAGUUUUAUAGAUAUAGGCCUAGAAAACCCAGAAAAUUUUUAAUUGUUCAAUACACACAUCAACUUUUAUAAACUACAGCUCAAUAUUCAGCAUGGCUUAAACAUAAAAUCACUUUUUUUAUAAGAACUUUUGUGAAACUCCUGCUAAAAGAUGAACAUUUUUUUUUAUGCAAAAAUAUCUAUUAUAGAGUUCAAUUGUCAUAUAAAAAACAAAUGGCAUUGAGGUCAUGAGUUGGUAAAAAGAAAUGUUCACAUUUCAGACCUUGCGAUCUAUAGGGGCAGAUGAUGUUAGGGUUAUCUGUUUCUUUGGCCAAUGGUUAGCGAGCAGGUUUGAAUAAUUGUGCUUUUUUUUUUCUAUUGAUUAAUCUCUUUGCUUUCAAGCGAGUAAUUCCAACACCUAUGCUCCCUAAAGAGGAUUGAUUUGAGAUUUUUAUGUUUUGUGUUGUUGAGUCAACAUUUUAGUGGAAAACUGUAUGUGUGUCUUUUAGAUUUAAUUUUUGUGUUAUCCCCCUUUUUCAACACCUUCCAUUGCAUAUCUCCAUGUAGAAUAUUUGUUUGGGAAGUUGACAAGUUGUCAUUUAAUUGUGUCCAAUCUUCUUAGUCUUUGGUCUUUUUAAUUUGGCAUAAUUUUCUUCUGAAUUCCUACUACCUUAUCUUCAGUGUAUUAUAUUCUGAUGUCUAUAUGUCCAGUUCAGCUGGUGUAGUUUUCUUAGGCAAUACAGUUGAAGAGAUAAAUGUUAUGUUCGGAAAAUGUGAUGUUUAAGUUUGAAAUUAAUUAUUUAAAAUUAUUAUCUGUAUACAAAGAAAUAUCUUGAAAUAUUUAGACUUUUGAGGAGGAAAUUGUUUUUAAGAAGUGCCUUUUGCAAAGUGCAAGUGUUGAUUAAAUUUGCAACACAGAAUCUUUUUUUUUUCAACUUUAUCAGUAUUGUAGUGCUAAAUAUCUAGAUAUUAUUUAUUGAUUAAAACCAUAAUAUGUAUAUUUGUGAUGCAUGCCAACAUAUUUCUCUUGUGUUAUUUGAAUUUAAAUUCAAGCACAUAAUAUUCUGUUUGCUUCCAGAGUGAACUAUGUCAUAGAAGAAACAAACAAAAAUUAUUUUUUUUUAUUAUCUAUUAAAAUUUCUGAUUGCACAAACAAUUUUACUAUCACAUAAAAACUAAUAUCUUUAUGAGAGCUAAAGGUUACAGAAGCAUUUUAUGUUACUAGAAAUUAUCAUAGAGAGUCUCAUGGUAAGCUAAGUGUCAUUUCAUUGUUGUUUGUUGCUUUCAUUAUCAUUUCAUAUUGAAAUGUAAUGAUUAUUCAAAGAAAUGGUGCUUAGAAUGUUUCACAAAUGAUAUUUUGUUCUUUUGUUCUAAUAUUUAAUAUCUGAUGUAUGCAUCAUUAUAAAUAUGUCUGCAUAGGGUUGUGUUAUAAAUAAAUUAUUAAACAUUACUUUUUUAUUCUUUCCAAGGUAAGUUGAUACAUAAUUGUACAUGUGUAUAUACAAAUAUAACUUGCUAAUUAUGUUACAUUUUUACUGUAAAUAUUCUUUUUUUACAUACAAUGUAAAUACCUACAACUUGUCAAACUAUCUGCAAUGUUUUUAUAAAGCAUUAAAAAUGCCUUUUUAUUAUACACUAUAUUCUUAAAAAUGAUUUGUAUUGUUAAGACUGUGUUAUUCUAGGAUAAGGAGUUUUGAUAUUACUAUUGAUUUUAAAAUGUUUUAAUGAUGUUUGUCUGCAUGCAAAUAACUUUUCAAAAAGUAAUUUAUUUCAAACAACUAGAAUUAUUUGAAAAAAAAUGUCAUGCUCAUUGAAAAUCACAAACAAAGGGAUAUAACUUCAAAAAAAAAGAAGAAGAUUAUUAGAAUGUAUUCACUUCCCUGCAACACAGAUAGAAGUGUGAGUUUGAAAGAUUAUGUUUUGACCUUUAUUUAUCUGCAUCUCACCAGCAUUAGAACUCAGGCUAUAUAUCGCCAACAAUUCAGUAAUUAGAUCAUACAGCCUUAGAUAUGCUUCUCCUCUUUAGGUUUAGUAUUGCUCAGUGACAUAGAACAAUAUGUAGACUAAGCAAGACACAUUAGCUGCAGGACAUAAGGACAUUAUACAAUCUCUCUAUGCAUAAAUAUAAAUGUAGGGUAUGGAUAAAUAUAUAGACUAAUCAAGACACAUUAGCUUGCAGGACAUUAUACACUCUCUCUAUGGAUGAUAUGUUUGUUUGAUGAUAUAUGCAGAUCUAUGCAAUGUUUUAACUGUGACUUUUGAAUGAUGACAUAAACAAUGUACAUAAUAAAAAAUGAAAGUUA